AUGGGCUAUUGUAUUCGAUGCGGUAAUCUCUCUCACGGCGAUAAAUGUGGGAAAUGUCGUGGAAAAAUAGUUGCAUCCAUUGCAACUGGUCUAACUACUGAAAAGAGGAGGGUGUCUAAUGGGGACAAGUGGAAAUCACAAUACGCCGAAAGUAUCCUCAGUGAGCCAUUUGGGAGCACAGCUAGUACCCUAAGAUCCAAGCGCGAUUCUACUUACCUUACAGCAUCCGUUCUUGCGAGUAACAACCGACGUCCCUCACUUCCACUACACAAGACAUGUGUGACAUGUAAAAAACAACUCUCGUACGACAGUGCAUUUCUAAACGGCAAUGUUCAACACUGUGGUACAUGUCGCCCGCCAGACGCAUGUGUUUCCUGUACUGAAACUGUUUCUGAAGAAGAAGCAUUCUACAGUCAGAACCAGCUCUGGCACCGAGGCUGUUUCCGCUGUCAAGGAUGUCACAAACUACUUGAGGAUUGUACCCAAGUAGAUAGAUACAAGCAGCCAUUGUGUGAGAACUGUAGCAAAGAAGAUGAGAUGACUUCUCGACCUAGUUCAAGCGCCUCGACGCCUCUCAUGUCUCCUCUAGAGAAAUCAUCAUUACCUCAGCUCCAGACCUCUCCUACCUCGACCGUCAGUAGCCGGGAUCAGUUUGAUAGUAUUCGGAUAAGAACUCCGUCAGAUGAUUUAUCCAGCUUUGGAACACUGUCGUCUCUGUCCUCAAGUGUACGUCCUACGAGAGCAAUAUCACCAGUUGGAUUUACGGGUACUAGACCGCCCAUUACAUCACAGCUGUUUCAACAGUACCAAAAAUCGCUACAGGAACAGCAGAAGAACCAGCAACCAAUCUUUAUUGCAUCUUCUGAAGACCAGCCAUUGUUAAUAUCAAGUCUAUCACAGCCCCAACCACCGCCUACCCCACCCAAGCGAUAUCCUUCCACUCCAACCCGUCAGCAGCAGUCCAUCACACCUUUGGCAACACGUUCUAUAGUACCUACGAAAGAUCCUUCUAAAAGACAUUCAUAUGGAAAUGAUGGUAAUUUUUCCGAGAAGCAGUAUCAACAACAACAGCAGCAACAAGAGUCCCAAAUAGAGCCAAUCAGAUCCAGUAGUACAAAGCAAGUGACUCAAAAUAAUAAACCAUCUAAAAAGCCAGCCAAGGAAAAGCGAGUGUGUUUCAAGUGUCUCAAGACACUACGAGGACGGCGUAUCAAAGCACCUACGGCAACAGGAGAUGCAUGGUAUCAUUAUGAUUGCCUGACAUGUGCAGGAUGUGACCUCCACUUUACAGACACUGAAAUAGUUGUGGAAGGCACAGACAUUUAUCACCCUCAGUGUCGAGGAGUGACUAUAAAGCCAAAGGAAGAACCUUUAUUUACAUGUCAUGCAUGUGAGCUACCUAUCCAAGACAAACAAUGCUUAAAAGACGGUACAAAAUUAUUCCAUCAUCAGUGCUUUACAUGUCAUGACUGUCACAAUGUAUUACCUCCGGAUCAACCGUUCUAUGAUAUGAAUGGCAGUCUUCACUGCGAAGCUUGUGCACGCAAACGAACGAUAUCAUCGAGCGCAUUGGCGGCCAGGGCACAGCAAAGACUCCAACAGAAUAGUAACACUAACAACAAUAGACGUUCUAGUCCUCGUGCAUCGCUCUCGACACCUCUUGUACGGACCAACACAAGAGAGACUAGUUUUGAUGAGGCAGAGGAAGAGGAUAGUCCAUCUGAAAUAUUCCGACAGCGUCAAUCGCGUGCUUUCCCAAAGUUGGGUGGAUCGAGGAUGUGCCCAAGGUGUCGACAGAGUAUUGCUAUUAUGGAUGAUAGUCCUGGACCUAGGGCUACUCGAUGGCACAAGAAGUGUCUGAGGUGUGCUGGAUGUAGAAAACAGAUGGACUCUGGUGCUAAAGUGACCGAAGGACCUGAUGGUGAAUGGUUGGUUCACUGUCGAAACUGUAUGGACAAGAAUACUACCGAAGCCUAUGUACGCUGA